AUGACGGCUUUAACCCUUCCCUAUGAACUCAUCGAGCAGAUCGUGGACCUACUGGAAUAUGAAAGUGAAAUCAAUGCAUUCGCUCGCUCCCAUCCCAUCCUCUACCACACCGUGAACCCAAUGUUGUACAAACAUAACGUGCGCUAUGAAGAAAGCUCGGCUUUAGGCUGGGGGAUCAUGCAUGGACCCCUCACGACUGUGCAGCAAUCCCUGGAGGCCGGAGCCUCAGCAGACAAGUGUGAUCCCGAAAUGAAAUGGCGACCAAUGGCGCUGGCGGUGAUCCAAGGCAACGAAGCCAUCGUGCGCUGUCUGUACGAGCAGGGGGUGAACAUUCGUCACACGUGGGGUUGGCGGAAUCCCCAUCACUGUCAUUAUUGCAAAUCUCCUGGGAGCCUGCUUUUGCUGGCCGCCAGACAUGGCCAGGAGGGCCUAGCCCGUUGCUUCAUGGAACAUCUGCCGCGACCGUAUCAUCCGGUCCUUGCUCACGGGGCAGAGGUCUCUCCAGCGCCGGGACACAUGCACGUGCGGAGGCCGUUGUUCGAGGCCAUUGACCAGGGCUCAGAGGCAAUGGUUUCCUGGUUACUGCGCGCUGGUGCAGAUCCGAACGAUCGCAGUCGAUGGUUCAAUUCGGUGGACGACUCGGCGUUGAAGCACUCCCUCCCCUUUGAGGGCAUCUUUCGCUGCCUGCUCGCCGCGGGGGCCGAUCCUACCGCCGUGGACGGCCGGGGAGACUCGUUAACCGCCAUCAUUCUGGCCUCGGGCCAGACGGCAGCAGUCCAGAUGCUGAUCGAUCAGGGAUUCGAUCUGUCGCGCAGUUUGACUCGAUACAAUCUCCUGCACCAAGCCAUCCGCGGGGGCCGCCGGGUUCUCGAUCUCCUCAUCGGCACGGGCAAAUGGGAUACGUUCCUCUUACCAGAUCAUCUCGAUCGAUCCGGAUGCGAACAGGCCCUCGGGGUCGCGGCCUCGACGGGGAAGGCUCAGAUCGUUCAGUGGUUGCUCGACCGAGGGUUUCCGGUGCGUGCCCAGUCGCCCUCUGCGGUCAAUCUGCUUGCCAAUGUGGCUUGUGCGGAGGCGGAGGAUGCGGAUGUCGCUGCUACCAUAGAUUUCCUACUACAAUACGGCCUGGACAUCGACGAAAGCACCUCUUACGGGACCACACUCGAGCGCGUGGCCAGUCAUUAUGGCUUCUACGGCGAGCCUAGCGCCGGUCGCGAGCGCAUACGCAUGCUGCUCAAUCGCGGCGCCGAUCUGUUGCCGCUGGAUAGCCUCCGGGAAAGCAUGCGAUACAACAGCCCCGAGCCGUUGAGUGCCAACCUAGUCGGUCGACACAUCGGUCUAGAUGAGAUGAUCUUCCAGGAGCUGGAGGCCCGACUCAAGCCAUGGACCGCGGUGGAACGUCUGUUCCGGUCGGCUGAGCAUAGUGCGCGUGAGCGCGAACAUUGGCAGUGGGUCAAGAUGGCGCGACAGUAUUCGUGGAGAGUGCGAUACCCGGCCUAUCAGAAAGAUAUAUCGUCUGCUAUGGCGAGACAGAAACAAGCCAGCACUGGAUGA